AUGGCGUUUCUUUUAGCUCUCCCAUGCGAAUUAUCCCUUCAGAUAACCAGAUUGCUUGGAAUUCGCGACAAAAUCAACAUAAGCGCAACAUGCAAGUCAUUCAGAGCCCAACUGUUGCCGGAGAUUUUCAACACCAUACGAUUCACCAAUAACGACAUCUCAGCAGCAUCUGCACUGAUUGCCGUGGAGGCUCACGGCCAGUAUGUAAAAGGAAUUGAGUUCACCUGCCAAUGCAACCUGGAUGAUACGCCAACGGCACCAUCUCUAUUACCGGCAGCUUGCAGACUGUUAAAUGGGUCCCUGACGCCAAACCUACAAACGAUCACCCUCAAGUAUAACUUUGGCCUAGAUAAUGACUAUGACGAUGUUUAUUUUCACUUUUGGGAUGAAGAAGAUGUGAUUGCCACUCGUACGGAAGAACUACAACAUGAAUGGCGGGCGCUUAUGAAUGAGACUUGGGAGGCUGUUGCGGCCAACAUUUUUGUAAGGGAGCUUGUCCUUGAUCAACUUCCGCCAAAGUGGACGUCUACGUAUUAUACGGAUGCAUUUCGCCAGUUUCUUGGCCAACUUGAAUCUGCAACAUUGAACCUCUUUGGCUUUGAAGAUUAUAUAGGAUAUCGGACUAAUUCGGCGCCUGGUACCAAUUCCUUUCUCCGCAACUUGGAUGCUUCGUUUUUCCGCUACAUGACGGGCCUCAAGCGUUUACAUAUCCGGGCUUCAGAUCCUCUCGGCCUCGAAGAUUAUCCACCUUAUAUUCCGCUGGCUUUGAAGCCUGGAGACCUCCCUCUGUUACAAUCACUCACACUAGAAAACUGCUUCAUCUGCUCGGAGUUGGUGUUAUUUUUACAAAGCCAUGCCCAAAUUCUCGAGUCUCUCGAUGUCAAUGAAUGCCUCUGCAGAUAUGCGCCCGAGUACUACAGCGAAAAUCUGUCCUGGGCUGACUUCUUUGAUAAGAUAUACGAAGCGAGGCCACGGCUUACCCAGUUAAUCGCAGGAGGCAGCAAGGCACCGUUCAUUAGAGAAGAAUACGAUGAGGGGACAGACGACGCAGUUGAUCAUUCUCUGCAACAACUGGAAGCGGACUCCGAUCUUAUUGCAUUUAGGCACAUGUUUCUGGAUACUGAUUACGGUAGCUCUUGUAUGGACGAUGAAGUUGAUGUGGAGCGAUUUCACCAGGGUGAUGACCAGAGAGCAUACGACCGUCUGAUGGGGCUAGUCAAAGAGAAUAGGGCAGGUUUUGAUCGAAAAUGUAUCUAG